UUACGCAAUGCAAGCGGUCCAAGUAAGUCGUGUCCAUCAGAUUUCAGUCCAACCUUGCCAGUGAUUAUCCUUAAAGCUUUCCAGGCUAUCCUUAGCCUCCUCGUGCAUGUGAUUAGCAGUGAGGGCUGCUGCUGCUGCUGCUGCCGCUGCUGCUGCAGGACGGCCGGCCGCCGGCCGCAAACUGCAACCUGGGCUGAAAUCGACGCUUGGAUGUUCUUUAUCCAACUUUCCGCCUCAUCUUCUGCCAUUUGGAUUAUCAACCUAGAGCAAAAGCGAGGGCGAGGCCUGGGCGCGGGAACAUGUGGUGUCUCCGCGUUGGCGGCGCAGCUGCUUAGCGUCUACUGAUGCGCGAGGAAGGCCGAGCCGCAGCCAUGUCCUCCCACAAACGCAGCUUCCAGUGCUUCAGCACCGUCCCCGCUUCCCACAAGUACGCCACCUGCAGGCUGCCCCGCAUCCCCCACCCUGACGCGGUCGCCGCUUGCUACCUGUGCUCCCAGUGGAGACACGCCCGAGCCCUGGAGGCGCUACACUCGCAAGUGUUGCCUCUGUGUCCCUACCACCGGCACCAUCGGAGCAGCGGGUCCGACGAGCUCCCGCCUCGCACCAAGAGGCUGGUCCUGAUCAAGAGCAGCGAGCCGUCCCUCAGGAAGACGGUGGUGCUCAGAAGCAAAGGCCCGAGGAGCUUCGGGCUGUUCCUGGAGGAGGUCUCGGAGCUCCUGCAGUACCACGUCAAGAGGCUCUACACCCUGGAUGGACACAAGGUGGAAAAUGUUCCAAGCAUCAUGCACUGUCCCAACGUUCUGGUGUGCGUGGGACGGGAGCCUUCCCACCCUUCCAUUCUGGAGCGAUUUCGUAAAAGCGCCGAAGACAAGCUGCCGAGGCUGAGCGCCGAAGCGCCGUUAAGCAACCACGAAGCUCAAGCAAACCUAUCUUCUGAGAAGUCACUUCCAGACGGCACGGAAUCUGCAGACGACGUUCUCCCCGCCACCGACGACGAUGUGGAAAAACAAGUUUGCGUCAACAAAGAUGGCAGCUUGUCCAUGAAAAUGAAAGUGCGCUUUCGGCUGGACAACGACGAAACCUUACUUUGGUCCACCGAAGUGAGAAAGUCCUCCAUCAGGGGCGGCGAGCGGCCUCAAGAAUUGGUGAGCGACAGAAGCUGCUCGGGUUCUGAGAACUUUUCCACCAGCGAGCCGGUGGAGGUGUACCGGCGACGACGCGCGCAUUGCUCUCGCCAUUCUCACCGCUACAACAUCUGGAGCAACACGGAAGGCACGCAAGGAGACAGUUGCGGCGUUCGGACGUCCAGCUCCAGCGCGUCCUCCUACACGGUGGUCUCCAGGAAGACCGUGGCUCAAAGAUCCAGCGAAGAAAACGUGCUGGAGCGAGAAACGUGCGUGGAGGCGUCGGAAACCGUGGAGUACUGCACCAUCCGCCGGGACCAGGACACGCAAGAUACGGCCGGGAAAUCAUCGUCGGCCUCCGCUUCCGGCAAGAUGAAGAAAUCCAAAAAGUGUCACUGCGGAACUUCAACGAGUGAGAAGGAAGCAGACUCGGAGGAGACGGGCGACGUGGCAAGACGGGAGAGUGACGCAAACGUCAGUCAGAAGGCGGAACCAGAAGGCGGAGAAGAGGAGGAGCCAUCCAAAAGUGCCAUGUCAGCUCAUUCAAAUGCCUCAACCACGUCCGGACCGGACCAGCACGCCAAAGAGGAGCAAAGUCAGAGCGCAACUGGACAGAGAACACCCACAUCUGGAAAAACCUCUGAAGUUGACGACGCGGCCUCUUCUAAUGCCGAUGGAGACGCCGAGGAGGUACCGGUGGCGAGAGCUUCCGGCGCCGGAUCAACACAAUCUAAAACCUCAGAAAUGGAUGCCGGUGGAGAAUCCACAGAGGCGGCUGAAGAAAGACCAUCGAGUGCGAUCCAAUCGGUGGAAGACGAGAAGGAACCCAGUGUGAUGUCAGAGCCAUCGACCAAUGUGACGUCGAACCAUCCCGAGAUGAACGAGAGAGCCACGAGCGCCAGCUCAAGUGAGUCCCAAUGUCCCGAUGAUGUUCCCGCAGAAGACGAGUCUCGCCGUUCUGAGGAUGAAGAAAGGGAGCCAACGGGAGGACGAGCGUCAAGCUGCACAUCUGCCAAAUCGAUCCAGUCGCUGGUUUCUGCAGAAAGAUCGCCCAGCGCGGCGUCGGCCAAAUCUGCAAAGUCGGCGCUUUCCGCCAGAUCGACAGCAUCCAAAGGUUUCCCGCACAGCGAGAGCGUAUCGAUAAGUUCCUUGUCCGUUCACUCCAGUAAAUCAGCUCCGUCCGCCAAGUCCCAACGCACGUCCGAAGGUCGUCGGCCAAAGUCGCCCGCUUCGGAAACAUCGAACGUGUCUGAGGUGGUCACCGAAGAAGUCCCGAGCAGAAGCCAAAGUCAACUGUCUGCCAAAUCGGGAAAGUCGGGGCGAUCCAAAAUCUCAGCUGAGGAAAACGCUGCGGAAAGACCUUCCAGCGACUUGUCGAUCACAUCGCAAGAAGUUUCCGAGGUGAUGAGUGAACACAGCAUCGAAAUUGAGAAUGAAGAAGUUAGUUGCGGCCAGUCGGUGUCUUCCAGAACCAAAGAGUCGGAACUCGAUAGAGCGGCCGAAGAAAGCUCAGAACGCGCCGAGAACGACGAGGAACCUGAAGAAAGGUCGGUAGAAGAUGCCUUAGAACCUUGCGCGACGGUGGAAAGAACCGCCAGCUCCUUGUCCACAAAGUCAGCCAUCUCCGUGACUUCGACAAAAUCCAAAACGUCGGCGCGCUCUCCAUCAUCCAAAGCCAGCCAAACUAAAUCCGAGAGACCGGCGAGCAAAGCUUCCGCUGAGUCCACCGUGACGAGCUUAUCGGUAGCGACGUGCGAGGUUCCCUCGGAAGAGCAUUCAGAAAACCAAACGGAAACAACUCAGAGGCCGCCGAGCGCCGUUUCGUCCAGAUCUGCCCGCUCGAUGACAUCAGCGAAGUCAAAAUCCUCCAUCGCCGUGCACGAAAACAACAACCAUGAGAGUUUGGAGAGAGCGCUGAGCAGCAAGUCCGGGAGGUCCGAAGACGUCUCCAACACCGAUAACACGUCUCUCGUCUCGUCCUCGUCCAGAUCGUCUCGACGACCUCAAAGUGAAGAAAGUGAAACGAGAGCACACAAGUCAGCCGCAUCUUCAAGGACGUCAAUUAUCUCCGACAAGAGCAGGCUCGGGGGAAUUCAGCAAACCAGAGCCGCGCUGUCGGUCAAGUCCGAUCGCUCUUCAAGAAGCAAAAAAAGAACCAAAAGCGCGGCGUCAAAUGUCUCGGACCUUCCCGUGGUGGCCGUUGAGGAAUCGGAACUCGAAGCGACAUCUGACAUCCUGGGAAGAAAAAUCAACGCGUCAGCCAAAUCCCAUCUUGCUGAUGUUUUGGUGGAUGAAGAAGCAAAAGUCAUCCCUCAACUUUGUGAGGCUUCAGCCAACGGAGACUUGAACUCUGAGCAGGUUCCCGAAGACGCCGUCCACGCCGAAGCCCUGGUCCCGUCCAGCCUGCCAAACGCUUCCCCCACCCAAGUCGUCAGCGAAUGGCUGAAUAAAAUCCCGCCCGACGGCGAACAGUUCGAUAUGGAGGAGUUCUCCGGCAACGUGGCGGAAGAACCCGACCCCGCGGCGCCUGAGAAGAACAUCAACGGGCCGAAUGAGGAGAGCGCCGUUUCCGACGCUCCCAAAACGGACGAGGAAACCAAAGCGUCGGAUCGGCGCGGGGAAACCGACCCCGAGCUAUUUCACGCUUCGGUGCAAGUGAUGAAAGUUCUUCUCAACCCCCAGCUGGACCGAUGCAACAGUUUGCCGGAGGUCUCGCCCGCGUACGGACGCAAACUCAGCACUUCGGCCGCGGGUCUUUUCGAUUGCCUGGCCAAGCUCGACGGCGAUCCCAAAAACGCCGAUGAGAAACCGCAACGCUACAAAGCGCUGCUGGAGAUUCUCGGCUCUCUGUGGCUUUGCGACCCGGCGCCCAACGAGCCCGACCGGCACUCCGACAAGGACUUUCAUCAGGGAUCGUCGUCCGGCAUCGACGUCAACAGCGGCUCCACGGGUUCCGGGAAGAGCAGCGACGGCAGGAAAGUCCACCGAGAAGAAGAACAAACGGCCAGCCCCGAGGAGGAGCCGGAGCCCAACGAGACCAUUCCGGGUCACGACGCGCCGAGAGAACCGUGCGACAGCCCGCCGGCCUCGAGCGAGAGCUCCGAACCGGACGAGACGUCUCGGAGUCAGCUCCGGUCCGGCAAACAGCGACCUCACGACCCCGAUCCCGCGUGGGUCCUCGGUUUACUCACCAAAAUCGAAAAGCAGUUUUUGACUCAUUACGUCGACGCCACGAGCGAGUUCAAAGAGCGCUGGAAGGUUCACGGCGACGACCAGCAGCUGGACGGGAUGAUGGGCGAGCUCAAGGACGAGAUCCGCCGGCGCAUCCAAAGCAGCAUUAGCAAAGAAUUGGACAAGAUGAAAGGUGGGGCGGCUCUGCCCAGACCUCCCCAAGAACCAAAGUCCAGACCUUCCACCAACGAGAGGAGACGAAGGCUGAGGAUGAAAACCAAACGCUCGCAGAUAAGCGACGAUUCGGCGGCCAGCGGCAGCGUCGGCAGCGUCGUCAGUGACCAGCGCGGUGAAGACGACGACGACUGCCCGUGCGAAUCGUGCGGCAAGAAGAACCAUUGUCUGGCCAACAGUGAAACCAAAGCAGCAGCAGCAGCAGCGACACUGGUCGGACAGAUCCUCCAGCACGCUCUUCAAGAAACAGCGGAAGACAAAGAAAGUGACGAGCGUGAGCUUUCGCUCGGAGGCGCUGAAAGCCACGCGGCUGAAGAGGAAACAAAGGAACCCGCCGCUGAAGAACCAGAAGAAGAUCAGAGCGACGGCGCUUCCACCGUUAAGGACUCAAAUCCCGAUGAUGAGGUCACUGGUGACAAUGUAGAGCAAGCUGCUGCAGAAGACAAAGGUGCGGCCGCGGCUGAACUCGCAAGUCAGCAGGAGUCUGAGGAAGUUGAAGAAGGAGGAGUUGAUGGUGAGGAGGAAGCUCCUGCAGAAGAUGAAGGUGCAGCAGAACCCGCAAGUCAGCAGGAGACCGAGGAAGAUGAAGAAGGAGGAGUUGAUGGUGAAGACGAAGCUCCUGCAGAAGAUGAAGGUGCGGCACAAGAGGCCGCCGCGGCAGAACUUGCAAGUCAGCAGGAGUCCGAGGAAGAAGGAGAAGUUGUUGAUGAUGAGGAGGAAGCUGCUGCAGAAGAUGAAGGUGCGGCACAAGAGGCCGCCGCGACAGAACUUGCAAGUCAGCAGGAGUCCGAGGAAGAAGGAGAAGGAGCAGUUGAUGGUGAGGAGGCUCCUGCAGAAGAUGAAGGUGGGGCACAAGAGGCCGCCGCGGCAGAACUCGCAAGUCGGCAGGAGUUCGAGGAAGAAGGAGCAGUUGAUGGUGAGGAGGCUCCUGCGGAAGAUGAAGGUGCGGCACAAGAGGCCGCCGCAGCAGAACUCGCAAGUCAGCAAGAGUCCGAGGAAGAAGGAGAAGUUGAUGAUGAGGAGGAAGCUCCUGCAGAAGAUGAAGGUGCGGCACAAGAGGCCGCCGCGGCAGAACUCACAAGUCAGCAAGAGUCCGAGGAAGAUGAAGAAGGAGCAGUUGAUGGUGAGGAGGCUCCUGCAGAAGAUGAAGGUGCGGCACAAGAGGCCGCCACGGCAGAACUCGCAAGUCAGCAGGAGUCCGAGGAAGAAGGAGGAGUUGAUGGUGAGGAGGAAGCUCCUGCUGCAGGUAGCCAUGAGAACGAAGAGUCCGCUAACAAUAUGGAGGAGGAGGAGGAGGAGCGAGUCGAGGACGAAGACGACGAUGACGAUGCAGCCACCGUGAAGAACUCAAACGAGGAAGCAAACACAGAUGAUGAGCUUGCUAGCAAAGAAGAUGAAGACGCAGUGCUUGUGCUCGCCGCAAGUGAACGUGAAGAGGAGGAGGAGGCAGGAGAAGACCAGGAGGGGGCAGAUGAAAAUAAUGAUGCUGGAAAUGAGAUGAUGGCGAGUGAGGAGGUUCCUGAAACCUCCCAAGAUGAAGAGGCCACACAAGAAGCUGCUGACAGGGCCAUGAGUGAACACCAAGAUGAGAGUCAAGAGGAGACUCCUGCCACGAGCGGCGCCGAGAAUGAAACCAUCGAGGAUGAAGGUGCAGCCUCCGAGGAAGGUGAAGAAGACGAGACUCCUCCCGCACGUGGAGAUGAGAAGGAGCUUGGAGCUGAUAGCGAUGAGGAAGCUGCAGAAGAUGAAAACAGCGAUGACGCCACAGCAGUUGAAGAUGCUAGCGGACAGGAACCCGAAGAGGAAGAGGAAGGAGAUGCCCAAACAAGUGGAGGAGAUGAAAAUGAGGAUGCAGCUGCUGAAGAUCAGGACGCUGCAAAAGAUGCCGUGACGACCGAUGACGAUGCUGAAGAGGCAGCCACGGCUGGAUCCGAAUCAGAGGAGGACAAAGAUCUGAAAGAAGAGGAGACGCCUGCCACCAGUGGAGAUGAACGUGAUGGCGGCUUGGCAGACACGUUCCAUGAGCAAACAAAUGUGCCAACUGAAGAAGAAGAAGAGGAAGAAGACAAAAGGAUGGCGGAGAACGAGGCUGGAGGAACAGAGGAGACCACUGGAGUUGAAGAAGACAAGUCAGCAGAAGAAGAUCCUGCGCUAACAACUGACAAUGGAGAAGAUGCAGAGGAAGAGCCGGACGACAACGUCACAUCCGAUGAGGCCACUUGUGAAGAUGUCACCGGCGAACAGCAAGAAGACGGAGGUGUGGAUGACAGUGGCGAAGAAGGUGAGGAUGCCGACGAAGAAGAAGAAGAAGAAGAAGGCGCCAAGCAGGAGAAGGCCUUGUCUGAAAAUGAAUCGGAGAACAUCGCUGAAGAUCAAGAUGCAGAUGCGAAAGAGUUUGAAGAGCCAGAAGCGGAACCCGAGGAGGAGCAUGGAGAAAAGGACCAGAAAACAGCAAUGGAUGGAGAUUCCACAGAGGCUGCUGGAGAAGAAGACGUGGAUGGCAGCGACGGGCCAGGGAGUGUGUCCCGGGAUGAUGAAGCCUUCAAAGAUCAUCAGAGUGAGGAGGAGUCUGAGGUGACAAACACUGAAGAGCCAGAUGACCUGAGUGGAGCAGAAAGCCAGCAACACCACCAAACGGGAGAAGAGCAUCAAGAUGAGGAUGGAAAAGAGGAAGAACCCCAGGUGGACGCUGACAAAGAUCUGGAAGAUGGGAUGGACCAGGGAGCAGAAAAUGAAGACGUAGAAGACGAGGACGACGAGGGAACAUCAGAAAAAGAGAACCAAGAACACGAGGCGACCGACCGCGAUGAUCCGGACGAGUCGGUCCAGCCUGGAACUGAAAAGGAAGACCGACCAAAGGGAGAUGACCACGGUGAGGAGGAGGAAACAAGCAGACAAACCUUGGAGGCGUCUGAAAACGAAGAGCGAGGAGCCGAGUCCGCCGACGGCGAGGACGAGGCGGAGUCUGACGACAGCGAGGCGUGUGAGGAGAAAAGCCAGGAGCGGGACAUCAGCCCAGGCCAGGCGGCCCGUCAAGAACCCGAUGAAGAACCGACAACACUGAGGGUAAAUACUGGUAUAAAUCACGUCGCCGGCGGGUCUGAAGACGGCGUCGACGCAGACGCCGAAGAUUCCGACGCGUAACUUCAUCUCCUAUCGCGGCCGACCGAGACCUGUUUUAGUUUUUCUGCUUUGUGAAACACGUCGACCCCCUUUAAAAUACUCCAGAAGAUAAAACCGUAGAUUUUCUAGUUAACUUCAAAAGGUUAACACGAAGAUCGCAAUUAGCCGACAUUAGUGGAGCAGAAGAACGUGACGAUGGCCGGACGGGCGGCCGGCCGGCCGGCCAAAUGUCCACAAGCGGCAGCUGCAUGGAACCGCCACUCAAAUGUCUGUCAAAUAAAAUGCACUUUAACACUCA